AUGGCCGUGCCACGGUGCAGCGCGUGUGCAAUGAGCGUGCACUGCUGGUGCAGUGCAUGUGCCGUGCCGGUGCAAUGCGUGUGCAAUGCGCGUGCCCUGCUGGUGCACUGCCACGCUGUGCUGGCGCCGUGCACAUGCAAUGCCCGUGCAACGGCCACACCACGGUGCGACGCACGUGCAAAAGCUGUGCGACGCCCGUGCCGUGCCGGUGCAAUGCCACGCAGUGGGCACGCUGUGCUGCUGCAGUGCACGUGCAACGCCCAUGUAACAGCCACGCCGUGGUGCAGUGCACGUGCAGUGGUUGUGUUGCACCAAUGCAACGCCGUGCAGUGCCCGUGCCGUGCCCGUAACGUGUUGGCGCAGUGCCCGCGCCAUUUUGGCACGGUGCCCAUGCCGUGGCCGUGCCGUGUUGGUGCAAUGCCCGUACAAUGCCCGUGCAGUGUUGGUGCAAUGCCCGUGCACUGCCCGUGCCAUGCCGUGCCGGUGCAGUGCCCCGCCGUGGCCACACGAUGCCCGUUCUCGCCGCCUGCCCACGCGUGGCCGCGCCGGUGCCCUGUGGCAGCCCACCCCGCGGUGGGGGGGGGGGGAGGGGGGGGGGGGGGGGGGGCACAGCCCGGUCCCGCUGCCCCCGCCGUGGGGUCCCCGCGCUCGCCCGCACCCACCCGCACUCCUGCCUGCGCCCCGGGCCGCUCCGUCUCGUCUCCGUCUCGUGUCGCCAUCGCACGUCCAGCGUCGCCCCCAGGCCCCGGCUUCACCCCGGGUUGGGGGGGGGGCAGCACCGGCACCCCAGUCCCCACCACCCGCCCCGUGCCCCCACGUCCCCGUACCCCACAUCCAUCCCCCCCCCCCCCCCCAAGCACAUACCUCAUGGCUCCCGGAGCUGCCCCUGCCCAGGGCUGCCCCCAGCCUGGCACGGCUCGGCACGGCGCGGCGGGACCCCCACGUACUAUGCAUUGCGCCCCCCCACCCAGCCCGGGGGGGGGGGGGGGCCGUGGCAGGGAGUCGCUGAAUGUACGGCGCGGGGGGGGGGGGGGGGGGGCCGAGGCAGGCGCUGCUGAUCUACGUGACAAUCACAGUCUGUGACGUGCGAUUUUAAACCCUUUUGUGUUUUGGUCAGGAUUUUAAAGAAAGAUAUUUUUAUGGUAAUUGUUGCUGGUCUAUUUUACUAUAUAUUUAUG